AUCGCCCUCGGUCUGCUCUUAUCCUCCAAGCUCGCUUCGCUCCUUUCCAGCUGCCCAUUUGUUUCCCUCUCUUUCGUCUCUCCGUUGAAUCGCUCGCUCGCUGCCGUACUAUCCCUCUAGCCACUUGUCGAUUCUCCUCGCUCCUCAUCGCCUUCCCCCUCCACCCGAAUCCAGAACCCCCGCUCGGUCCAACUAGCCCGCCAUGCGCAUCACUCCCUUUUGCCUGUUUGUCCUCGCCUCGGCCAUUGGCCAUUCGUAUGCCGCCAAGGUCUCCCGCGAGGCUCCUCUGCUGGCCGCCAGCAACUCAGACCUGAUCCAGGACUCGUACAUUGUCGUCCUCAAGGACCAUGUCGAUCUCUCCGACCAUCUGUCGCUGCUUCAGAAGAGCAACUUCAUCCAAACCUCCAAGCGCUCUGGCCGCAAGAACUCGGGCCUGAACCAGGUUCAGCGCCAGUUCCAGAUUGGCGGCAAGCUCAAGGGCUACUCCGGCCGCUUCGACGCCGAGACCCUCGCCUACAUUCGCAACAGCGAGCACGUCGAGUUUGUCGAGCACGACCAGACCGUCUACGCCAUUGAGACCCAGAACGAUGCUCCCUGGGGCCUGGCCCGCAUCUCGCAUAGAAGCCUGCCCAGGCAGCCCUACGAGUACAUUUACGCUCCGGAGGCCGGCGAGGGUGUUACUGCCUAUGUCGUCGACACCGGCGUGAACAUCCACCACAAGGAUUUUGAGGGCCGUGCCGAGUGGGGCGCCACUAUUCCCGAGGGCGAUCCCGACGUUGACGGCAACGGCCACGGCACCCACGUCGCCGGUACCAUCGCAGGCAAGACCUACGGCGUUGCCAAAAAGGCCAAGGUCAAGGCCAUCAAGGUCCUGCGCUCGAACGGCUCGGGCUCGCUUUCGGAUGUCAUCAGCGGCAUCGACUGGGUCGUCACUGACCACGAGGAGCGCAAGUCGAGAGACAAGGGCAAGACCAAGAGUGUCGCCAACAUGUCUCUGGGCGGUGGCCGGUCGAGGGCCCUGGACCGAGCCGUUGAUGUGGCUGUCAAGGCGGGUGUUAAUUUCGCCGUUGCGGCUGGAAACGACGGCCUCGAUGCCUGCGACUACUCGCCUGCUGCUUCGCAGCUCGCCGUCACCGUCGGUGCCUCCAACUCGCGCGACGAGGCUGCCUGGUUCUCGAACCACGGCGACUGCGUCGACAUCUUUGCCCCCGGCCAGGAGAUUGAGUCUGCCUGGAUCGGCAGCAACGUCGCCACCAACAUCAUCUCCGGAACCUCCAUGGCCUCACCCCACAUUGCCGGCGUCCUCGCCCUGCUGAUUUCCCAGCCCGAGUUCGAGGACUACACCCCCAAGCAGCUCAAGGACGCCCUCGUUAACCUCUCCACCGAGGAUGCCCUCGAGGACCUCCCCACCUGGGCGGGCGGCUCCAACCGCCUGGUCUUCACCAACCCUCCCAAGCACUAAAGCAGCUGGGGGCGGCCCCCUCUCUCGUCUGUACAUUUGUCCACAAUACCACGCCCCCCACGACUUUGAAUCUCCCACGGCCUGGCCCCGCAAGUCUAUUUAUUUUUGACAGUUUUGCCCUCCUUCUCCUCCCGCACUUGGCGUUUACCAUAAUGUCCGAAAUCCCUCUUGCUUCCUGACUUGGACGCGAGCGGUACCAAAAAAAUGUUCAACGAAUGGAUCAUGAUUGCAGCUGGAAAUACACGUAGUUACAGAUGCAGAA